GACAUUUCUGGAUCUGCACUUCUGCGCGGUGAUGUCGACCAGCUGAAAGCCAUAGGAGUGCCCGACACCGAAGCCCAGCGUUUGGAGCGCCACAUCUCCGUCUUCCGGAAGCAGCUCUCUGCCGAGGACUUGGCCACACCUUCCAGCUCCAGAGUUUCAAUGCCCUCAACUUCCGCAUCGGUUUCUGCACCAGCUUCCGCGCCUGCUGUGGUCAAGGUGCGAACCCCUCGGCGGUCACUCCAAACUACUCCUUGCGCCGCC